CCCUCCUCCGGCGUCUCGCGUAUCCUGUCCUUCCUCUGCGAGACUCCGCUUCCAAGGCUUCUGUGGAUUGUCUCCUGCAGCCUCAAAAACUAAAUCCAGAAGACUUGGAUCCAGCCACUUACUGGCAACAUCUUAGUUUGGAAGCUCGGACUGCAAGCCAGCCUUGCAGGGCUGACUUUCUUGGAUUCCCCCCACAACCUUGCAGAGGUUCUUAAAUCCCAUGUAAAAUGCUGGCUAAGCAUAAAAUAAGGAAGUUAUUGCACAUGGUGCCAGGAAAAAAGCGCUUUGGUGUGUAUAGAUUUCUUCCUUUUUUCUUUAUCCUUGGAGGUGCUAUGGAGUGGUUUAUGAUCAAUGUCCGAAUUGGAAAAGAGACAUUUUAUGAUGUUUACCGUAGAAAGCAAUCUGAAAGACAGCAUGAAAGUUUGGAACAAAGAUGAUUUUUUGUUUCUGAGUAGCUCAUGAAUUAUGAAACCUUUAUUAUACACCAGAUGUUUACUGUUAAAUUAAAAUACUUGUUUAAGUUUUCAAAUCAAACACUGUGAUAGUAGCUGGUACCAUGGGAUGUGGUUUUCACACCCAGGCUGAAGGUACAAUGCCAGCUGCUUCCAUAUCACAUUCUGCAUCAGUAUCGAGAAUAAGAGAUUGGAUUUAUACCCCACCCUUCACUCGUAGUCUCAGAGCCAUUUACAAUCUCAUUUCCCUUCCCCUCCCCACAACAGCCAUCCUGUUAGAUAGGUAGGACUGAGACAGCUCUGACAGAAACUCGUGACUGUCCCAGGGUCACACCAGCAGCUGCAUUUGGAAGUGAAGAAUUAAGCCUGGUUCUCCCAGAUUAGAGUGUGCGCUCUUAACCACUAUCUAUGGCUGUGGUAAUCCACAACCAGCAGCAACCAAAGCAAUGCAGCUCUGCAAACAGAUGAUCUUGAAUUUUUCCAGGAAGCAAUAUUGUGUUUUCUUAGAUGUUGACCAGAGGAAUGGGAGUCAGCUGGAGCUGCAGAUUGACUUCACUGAACUCUUCCAAUAGAGUAAGGGGAGCAGGGUCCCCAUUAGUCUGUCCUAGGUUUCUUAUCCUCUUCCCACAGAAUAAGGGAAAUCCUUGUUGAACUGACAAGUCUUGUCAUGCCUCCCAUUUAGUUGUCUCCUUCUUCCACCAUUGUGGAUGUAGAGAAUGGAUUUUCCUGGGCUAUAUAUGGGUAUCCAGAAACUGUGUAAGAUGACUGAUUAUAUUGCAUUUUAGAAGUUGGGAUUUAUCCUGUUUGAGACUAAAUUUAAUCAUUAAUUUAUAUGCGUACCACUGCAAACUUGCUAUAUUGAAUCUUUUUUCAUUUAGGAAUGAUUUUGCCAUGGCUUUAUCUUCAGACAAAAUAUUGUAUCUCAAGGGAGUGUUCAGCCUAAUUACAAGACAGUAAUAUCAA